CUUCCUUUAGUAUUUCUCUCUAAUACUCUCCAUUCUUUCUAAAGAGUUCUAAGUGUAGACUAUUGCUGACUUAAGCAUCGGAGUGUUUACCCCGAGAACCACCCUCGGGGCUUUGCAGUUGGUAAUACAAAUCGAACGAAACAGAAAUGGGGUUGGAGGGUGUAGUGAAUAAAGGCAUGGAGUUGGGGGAGAUGGCAUUCAACAAAGUCUGGCUGAUAACUGAUAAAUGUCUGGCUGUUUCCAGUGUUGGUGUUUUCCGUUUGUUCAAAUCACCAGAGCCACCGGUUGCGGCAGUGCCAUAGGUGCAGCAGCUCUUGUUCACAACAUUGCCAUUUC